AUGUUCACUCAACGCCCUUCAUUCCGCUUCCUGGCCACCGGCGCCAUAGCGUCUCUAUUUAUCCUUACAUUCCUCAUCAUCAGCACCGGUACACCUGGGACCUCAUCACGAUUUAAUGCAAAGGGACAACCACGACAACAGUACUGUGCCCCAGCUGUCAACUCUUCCGCUGGCUGGGAGUUUGUUGUCGAGCGCGAUGGAAACAACUAUGGUCUCUCCGAGGACCAAUGCCGCAUUGCUUUUCCAAAGCUAUUUCUCGAGAUUGACCAAUUCUCGAAACUAAGAGAAAACAAGCCUAUUACUUACAAGGAUCUUGAUUCCAGGCCAGUGGAUGAUGGCAUGGUGCGGGGAAUUAUUGAUCAAGGAGAGUUGUAUAUUGUCGAUUACGCCCCCAUGCCUGUCACAGCAUCUCGAGCACGCGCCACCCUAAACUCCCUCCACCGCGCCUUGACAGCAUUCCCAGACCGUCACCUCCUACCCAGCAUCGAAUUCACCUUCACCACAGAAGACUUCGCAGAACAGACAACCAGCCCAGGUCCCAUUUGGGCUUACUCAAAACGCGACGCGGAUACCUCAGUCUGGCUCAUGCCCGACUUCGGGUACUGGGCCUGGCCAGAGGUGCAUAUCGGGCCCUACCAGGAAGUGCGACGCCGUAUUGCCGAAAUCGACGACGGUAAAACUGCCGCCGACGGUACAUACGUGCCGGGGCUGCAAUUCCAAGAGAAGAAAAAGCAGCUCGUCUGGCGCGGUAGUCUGGCGACGAACCCGCCUGUCCGGAGUAAGCUCCUCAAGUCAGCGGUGGGAAGUAGCUGGGCGAGCGUGCGUGUCAUUGAUUGGGAUGACAAGGAUGAUAUCCGCUACAAUCUUCUGCCUAUCGAAGACCAUUGUCGGUACAUGUUCCUGGCGCACACCGAGGGCCGGAGUUUCUCUGGUCGCGGGAAGUAUCUCCUGAACUGCCGUUCUGUUGUUAUCUCCCAUGCUCUUGAAUGGCGUGAGGUUCACCAUGGUGCGCUGGUCGCAACUGGGCCCGAUGCAAACUAUAUCGAGGUUGAUCGGGAGUGGUCCGAUCUAUCGCGCAAGAUUGAUUAUCUUAUUGAUAAUCCUAAGAUUGCGGAGCGGAUCGCUAAUAAUGCUGUACGCACUUUCCGUGAUCGGUACCUUACUCCUGCUGCUGAGUCGUGUUACUGGCGUCAGUUGAUCCGGCAGUACUCUGCAGCUUGUGAUUUCGAGCCGGUCUUGUUUUCGACUGGUCGGGAUGGGAAGACACAGCCUCGUGCUGUUCCUUAUGAUACUUGGCUGCUUAUGCAUUGA